AUGCAAUCAAUAUCGUGGCGAAAUACUUCAUCGUCAUGGGAGACACUUGUAUGGGCACUAAGCAUCUCGGCGCUGGCUGGGCACCAGAUAAUGCGGAAAUAUGACGGUUUCUUCCUGAAACUUCAUGCCUCUGUUGUCCUACUUCCCCCUGCCGUCGCAGCGUGGUACGCCAUGUCCCUCCAAAUCGGCCAGAUGUCCCUCGUGUCGACGAUGGCCCUCUGCUACGCCAUAUAUCUGGGAGCUCUAUGCACGACGGUCGUUGCCUACAGGCUAUCUCCCUUUCACCCAUUGUAUCGGUACCCUGGUCCGUUCUGGUGCCGGACGUCCAUGUUCGUUCAUGCUGUCCGCACAACCACCGGUAAACAGAUGACGUAUCUCAAGGCCUUGCAUGAGAGAUAUGGGGAUGUAGUCCGAAUAGGUCCUAACGCGAUCUCCGUGCGGGACGCGUCCCUAGUUGGACCGGUACUAGGUCCUUCAGGUCUACCCAAGAGCGCAUUCUUCACGGGAACAGUCUUGACUGAAUCGAAUAUCCACUUAUCUGGCAUCCGGGACCUCGAGGAACAUGCUAUCCGCCGACGCCCAUGGGUCCGAGGGCUUGCUCCCCCGGCUCUCAGAGAGUAUGAGCAAAUCGGAGCAGCUCGGAUUUACCAGCUGGUCAAUAGGCUAGCAGAGCAGAAGGGAGUGGUGAUUCUGGGUCAAUGGUUCAACUACCUUGCAUACGAUUUCAUGUCGGACAUGGCUUUUGGUGGAGGGUCUGAGCUAAUGCGGGAUGGAGAUCAGACCGGUUUAUGGACCACGCUUGAGAAAGGAACAGCCACGGCAUUGUUCAUGGGCCAAGUCCCAUGGCUCGGAGUAUACCUAGGCCACAUUCCCGGAGCUGCAAGAGCCGUAAACGAAUUUCUUGAGUACAGCCGGGAGCAAGCAAUGAAACGCCUCGCUCGAGGAUCCAUCACUCGUGACCUUUUCCAUUAUCUUGCCAACGAAGAUCUUCCAAAGAAAGACCCGCCUCCCACGGCUCAGCUCCGCAGUGACGGUCUCCUCGUGAUUCUCGCUGGUUCAGACACAACAUCGAGUGGCUUGACGAGUGUUUUCUACGGCCUUAUGACCGACCCCUCUGCAUAUGCGUGUCUGCAGCAGGAGGUAGACCGGUUUUAUCCUCCCGACGAGGAUGUCUGUACUACAAAGCACCAUCGCGACUUGCAUUACGUGACAGCAGUGAUCAACGAAUCCCUGCGACUCUUCCCGCCGACUCCCACCAACAGCUCGCGCGAAGUACCACAUAACUCCAAGUCUCUCAUAUAUAACAAUGUGCUUCUACCGCCUGGGACGCUUAUCCACAUCCCGCAUUAUGUCCUUCACCGCGAUCCCCGGAACUUCGUCUUCCCAGACACCUUCUGGCCCGAGCGGUGGCUCAUCGCGUCCGGCCAACUGGAGCUCGAGAGCGCGCGGCUCCCUCACGGUCUCACGCAGCCGCCCCCUGGUCACGGAAAGCCGAAGUUUGAGUUCGUACACAACGAUGCGGCGUUCAUCCCGUUCUCGAUCGGGCCGAUGAACUGUCCUGGCAAGGGGCUGGCAAUGCAGCAGAUGCGGAUGGUCAUCUGUGCGCUCGUGCAGAGGUUCCGGUUCCGAUUGCAGGAAGGGUGGGACUCGAGGCGAUACGAGGAGGACUUUAAGGACUACUUCACGGCCAAUCGCCCGGACUUGCCGGUCCAUAUCGAGCCUCGGUAUUGA